AUGCCACCAGGUGCCGCCUCCGAAGUGGGUGCGCCCCCAUCGGUGCCUUUGAGCUUCUCGAACAACUUCUGGGGCCGAGAUGAUGCGGGAGUCGACCCUCUCCUGACCCGCAUGCAGAAUGCGAAGACGACAUGCGACGAGCUCAAGGCUUUCUACAAUGCGCGUGCCGCUCUGGAGGAGGACUAUGCGAAAAAGCUGUUGCACCUGUCACGGAAACCACUGGGAAGCGUUGAGCAAGGGACUUUACGAGCCAGCUUGGACAUAGCACGAGGAGAAACGGAAUCUAUGGGGAAGCAGCACGCUCUAAUUGCUCAGCAAAUGAAGUCCGAACUGGAGGAGCCAUUGACUGCUUUUGCGGGCGGAAUGAAGGAACGUCGAAAGAUCAUUCAGAACGGCAUUGAGAGAUUACUGAAGACAAAGCAAGCCCAGACGGCCCACGUCAACAAGGCUCGAGACAGGUACGAACAGGACUGCUUGAGAAUCAAGGGAUACCUCGCGCAAGGACACAUGGUCAUGGGACAAGAGGAGCGGAAAAACAAGGCGAAGUUGGAAAAGACGCAGAUCAAUAUGGCCGCCAAUUCCAACGAAUACGAAGCGGCUGUGAAGGUACUGGAAGAGACCACAGGACGAUGGAACAAGGAAUGGAAGGCGGCCUGCGACAAGUUCCAAGAUCUCGAAGAAGAACGCAUUGACUUUACCAAGUCGUCGCUGUGGGCCUUCGCCAACCUCGCCUCGACCGUGUGUGUGUCGGAUGAUGCAUCGUGCGAGAAGAUCAGACUGGGGCUGGAGAAUUGCGAGGUCGAAAAGGACAUUACCAUGUUCAUCAAGGUCUGCGGUACCGGCCAGGAAAUUCCCGAUCCGCCACGAUAUAUCAACUUCGGUCGCGGUGAUGUCGACGGUCAAUCAGAGAUCUCGGAAGACGACAACUACUCAGUCGCACAAUUCUCACGCACCACCAAUCCCGCCUUUCGGUCUUCUUCGCCCACCCACUCCAAUGCAGGGACGAGGAGUACACGCAAUUCCACCCCUCAGCGCCGUUCGGAAGAGCCCAUGGGCCUGGCUGAGAUUGAUGUCCCUACGCCAUCAAACACCAACAGCGGCCGGCCGCGACCUUUGAACUACAAACAAGCUGGCCCCAACGUCCCACCCAACUACUCGCCCAGUCAGCACGGCGACGUUCCGCAAGUUCCACAUAACCAGUAUCCAACGGAUGGCAUGACUAUGUUCUGUCGAGCAGAUCCACCGUCGGUGGCUGGCUCUGCCUUAUCUUCCAACACGAGACCAGAGAGUAGGGACAGCCAAAGCGAAUAUUCCGCUCCGAGCUCAUUCACCAGUGCCGAGCCCAUGUCGGUGGCAGCAUCGCCAACCAAGUUGGUGCCUGUGAAUGGAGUCGAGUUACCUGGAAUGGCUCCGGCCGACAAGUCGGUUCAGAAGAAGAGAUCCGGAUUCUUUUCAAACAGCCCAUUCCGCCGAAAGUCGAGGAAGGAACACGACCCCUAUUCUACCAGCAGCCCCCCUUCUCGCAGCACGUGGAACGCCGGUGCGACUCCUGGAGGCAGAAUUAAUCUCAACCCCACAGUGUCCAGCACUCAAUCAAGUCCAACGAAAUCGCCAACCCGUCCAGUGGCACAUUUCUCGAGCCGCAACACGGGCGACAUGGUUGUCGAGGGCGAAGAAGCUGCUGACCCGCGGGCGAGUUUCCAGUUGAACGUGGGAAACAACGUUUUUGACGUGGCAAGCCCGGAUGGCCAGCAAUCUACUCCAAAGGCGAGCGCUGCCAAUCGACGCAGCCAAUAUCUUCCACCACCAUCUGCGGGCGGCAAUGAUAUGACGCACGACCCUAUCGCACAAGCCCUGGCAGAUCUGAAACAGAGCUCCAACGGUGCCACUGGGAUGGCCAAGCAAUCCAGUAUGCGAGUCCCAGUGGACCGUUUCCAUGGGGUGGCCACUCCCGCACCUGAUCAGGAGCCCGCUGCUCGACCGCAUAUCAUGAGCGCCGAGAGCCAAGUGCGGAUGGCGGGACAGCGAGGAACGCCUCCACCGGCGUAUGAAAAUGCUGGUGGCAGGCCACAGAGUGCCCUUGGAGUGCCGCAGCCUGCUCAUACCAAGAAAGAGAUGUUGAACCGGACGGAAACGUGGGGAACGGGACCACUGGCCUCCAAUUCUAGGGGUAGUCAGCAAUCCAGGCCCGGGACGAGAGAUGGAAGGAGAAGUCCUGGACCAGGAAUGAUCAGAGCGACCAGUCCUCAACCUCAGAGUCAAUACCAACAACGGGCGAGAAGUCCGGCUCCUGGUAUGAUCCCUCGAUCGGCGAGCCCACAACCACCAAGUCAGUACUCACGAUCGCGAAGUCCAGCACCUGGGAUGAUGCCACGGGCUGCAAGUCCACAACCUCUCAAUCCAUUCACGAACGCUCCCAUGAGAUCGCGCAGCCCUGGUCCCGCAAUGAUGCAGCAGGGCGCAGGUCCUCAAAGCCACCGGGACUCACAACUGCGGUCAGCCUCGCCCAACCCGUAUGCUGGACGGCCGCGUUGGCCAACCCAGGGAGCAAGACAAGGUAGCGGGAUGGAGGUCCAGUUAAGCAGCCAGGACAUGGCGAGAUAUGAUGAUUCCGCAAACGACGGUGGCCGAGGCCGUCAUGAAACGAUGAGGCCGGCUUCCAGUCUCGGCGGCGACCCGUACCAGCAAUCGCAGGGUUACGAUGGACGAGGUUCCCGGCAGAGAGGUGGCACGGACAUGGCGUUGAAACGAGAGCGGAGCAAGAGCCUCGCAGCCAUGCCUUACCGUCCCGCACAGCCGCAGGUGUUGCAUUACGCUCGUGCCUUGUACAGCUACAUGGCAGCCAUCCCCGAAGAACUGACCUUCAGCAAGGGCGACAUUCUUGCCGUGCUGAGAAUGCAAGACGAUGGAUGGUGGGAGGCCGAAGUCAAGGAGAGCGGCAGGGGGACAAGGCCUGGGGCUGUCGGUCUGGUUCCCAGCAAUUACCUCCAGAAGUGCUAG